CGACGUAUACUCAAGAGAUAUCCUUGCAACACGAAGGCAGCACCUCGAAAGAGAGGCCGCAGAGCACCCAGGCAAGCUUUACAUCACAGAGACCCCAUAUCAAGUACACGUAUAAAGGCAAACAUUGUAAGUCAUGAUACGAGUGCCUGCCUAUGCUUUCAUGCAUUAAUCUGGACAUCCCGCGUCUGCGUUUAGAUACACGCGCUACCGAGCUUCAUUCGCACUACUGCCUCCUCUCGCGACAUGGCCACCCAAGUAGGCUCACUGCAGCUGGCAUCGUCGCGUGCACUCUCGUACGCCGUCACAUCGCCAUCAUCGGAUGGUCAACACCCCUUCGUACUCUUGGCUAGCCCUCUAUGCACUACUCUCGCCGUCUGGGACCCCGUGGUCCCUCAUUUGACAGCUUUGGGGUUCCGCGUGCUCCGAUACGACCCGCCGGGCCAUGGGUCGUCUGGCGUUCCCUCUGAUCUCUCCUCAACGACAUUCGACUCCAUCGCCCAAGAUGUCCGUGACCUCCUCACCCACCUUGACGUCCAAAAGGUACAUACCUGGAUUGGCGAUAGCCUAGGUGCCGCUACUGCUAUCACCUUUGCCGCGAAAUACCCCGGCCUUGUAGAACGACUUGUCCCGUGUUGCACCAUCUCCAGUUCACCCAUCAACACAGGCGCUGCCGACACUUUCGGCCCGCGCGUGGCCGCCGCCCGAGAGGCUGGCAACAUGGAUGCCACGAUCGAAGAGACGCUAGGACGAUGGUUUGGGCGCGACUGGCUAGACUCUCACCCCGAAGAGGCGGAACGCAUGCGCAAACUGAUGCAUGAUACCAGCAUCGACGGCUUCGAGACGUGUUGCGCGGCACUGCAGAGUAGGACGUUCGAUAUCCGCCCGUUGGCUGCCGACGCCGGACGUCACAUCGAGGCGGCGCUGCUCCUCGUAGGGGAAAAAGACGCGGGACUUGGUCCAGUCAUGGAGGAGCUUCGUCAGGGCAUCGAGACUGGACUGAGAAGUAAGAAGGGCGAGACGGUGUCGGUAGACCUCAAGACGGUUCGGAAUGGUGGACACGUCCCUUUCAUAGACGGUUCCGAGUCUUUCUGGGAACACAUUACUCCCUUUUUAAAGUGAAAAAAUUGGGUUGCAAUGACAAUAAAUUGUGUUCCAAAUCGUUAUUAUAGUUCUUGCCUAUCCGAGUGACUUCAUUACCAGCUUGGCU